UUACAGCUAAUUGAGGAAGAAAUGAAACAGAGAGAAUUCUGUGACACUUGGAUUUACUUUAAUCUCGAUCCAUACUCAUUUCACUUGAAUCCAUACGAUCUAGAGAUAGCAGUGGGAGAUCAGCUAUAUGUCUUCCGCAUCAAUUCCAUCAUCCUCGAGUGCUGGCGUUUCGUCCGGAUUUUGAAAUGGCUUAGGAGGCAUUUCUAUGAGUUCACCAUCGCCUUCAAGCAUUUCAAUGACUGUGUUCAUGGAAGGGCGAUGGGUUGGCUUCAUCUGCAUGCACCACAAUGCUACCAGGAUCAUCUUCUUCACUAUAUUUCUUUCAUCUUCUGAGGCAUCUCCCAUCUCAAUAUUGUUUCCUUCGCUCAGCUGAUCAUAAACCCAUGAAGGGAAGUAUAUCUGGCUCCUCUGGUCCCCUAUUCUCUGUCGGAUACAAUUUUGCGAGUCCAAAGUCAGAAAGUUUAGGAGCAAAAUGCUCAUCUAGAAGAAUGUUGUGAGGCUUGAUAUCAAAAUGCAAAAUUUGCAUCUCACAGCUGCUGUGUAAAUAAUCAAUCCCCUCAGCAAUCCCAAGAGCAAUGUCGAACAGCUUUUCACAACUCAAGGAUGUUGUCUCUGUUUCUUUUCGGAAUAUAUAUUUCUCAAGAUAUCCAUUAGGCACGAUUUCAUUUAUCAACUUCGCUGAUAAAUUCCUGCCCAUUGGCCUUGGAUUUGCCCAGCAUUUUUGCCACUGCUAGUGGGCAACUCCGAAGCUUUCCUUUAGAAACGGUCCCAUAGCCUUCUUCCCCCAAUUUGUGGUUGAAGUUCUUGGUCAUCUUUCUUAUGUCUGAGUAUGCAUAUCUAACUGGCAUGAGAUUGUACGGACUGUUUAUUUGUUCAUGAAUAUACAAAUAAAGUAGAAGAUUUUCUCCGGUCAAAGAUCAUACCAAGCUCAAAUAAUCAAUCACUCCACCUGCCAAACGUCCCUUUCCUGGUUGAAAAAAGAAAUGGUACUCAUUUUUUUCUUACACUUAUCUUAGAUUUUCUUCUAAGAUAAUCAACCAUUAUUUUCUUCUAAACGAUCCACAAUUAAGAUUAUAUCAAGCUUUAACCACAGAUUAAGCUAAUAUCACUACACUGCUUACACUUACACUUUAAAAUACCAAGACUCAUGGUACUUUUAUAUAGAGUAUAGACAGAUUAUCUUGAACCGUUGCUUGCACCAAACUCCCUUGAAAUUUAGUGAACUAGGCUAGUAGCUAAGAAGUCUGCAAUAUUUACAAUCAAAAUCCCUGUUCUGACCUCUUAAUUUUUUUUUAUUUUCUUUUAUUUCGCGACAAUCGAUUUAGUUUGAAGAAAUCCAAGUUAAUAAAAGGAGAAACAAGACGUUGUGCGCGACCCAAUUCAAAAGGAUACUUUCCACAAUCUGCCUUGAAGAGGGAGGUGCAGGAGUUUAUCUUUCUUCCUCGGAAAAUGGUGAUCCUCAAUGUGGUCAGGCUAAUCUUCUUAGCCACUUUAACUGCUCUAGGGUCCUGCAAAAUACAUGAUAAUUGCACAGUGAGAAGGUGCAGCGAUCAGGGUCCGGCUAUCAGAUUCCCCUUCCGAUUGAAAGACCGUCAACCACAGCACUGUGGCUUCCCUGGAUUUGAGCUUUCUUGCACCCAGAGUCAGGAGACUGUGCUGGAGAACCCAUUUCGAGUUAAAGCAUCCCUCAACCAGACCAAGCCUCCUUUCUCAGUGAAGUUUGUCAUCAAUAAAAUUGAUUACGAGUCUCGAUUGCUGUAUGUAGCCAAAUUGGAUGGCUGCCUUCCUGGGCUGCUUCCCAAACUAGAUUUAUCUGCAUCUCUCUUUCAAAUACCAGAUUUCAACGACUAUGACUUUUCUUUUUUUAAAUGUUCUUCCAAAAAAUGGUACAUGAUACCUAUCCCCUGCCUCAGCAAUUCGAGUUACCAAGUUUAUGCAACUCAGUCUACUGAUUCCAUCCUAUUUGCGUCCCUAGUUUCUUGCACGAAGAUGUUUGAGAUUCCUUCAGUUUCCUAUGCCCUCAUUGAGCCUCAAAUCCCUCUAGUUUUAAGCUGGUCCGCACCAAAUUGUGGAUACUGUGAGGCAGAAGACAAGUUCUGCAGAUUGAGGAAGAGCAGCAGUUCAGCAGGUAUUCAAUGCUUGGAAAAUGGUACAGGUCCGCUGAAGAAAAUAAAGGUUACAGGCAUGGUACUAGGUCCUGCUCUCAUUGUCUUAAUUGGAAUUGCCUCCUAUCGAAUAUUUCGCUCCAAAAAACUCAAAAAAGAAGAUCAACUUAAGAUCGGACAAUUUCUGGAGGAUUACAAGGCUCUCAAGCCAUCGAGAUACUCCUAUUCUGAUAUCAAGAAAAUAACUGGAAAUUUCAGUGAAAAACUAGGCGAAGGAGGUUACGGAACAGUGUACAAGGGCAAGCUUUCCAACGAAGUUUUUGUAGCUGUUAAGGUCCUCAACAACAGCAAGGGAGGUGGGGAAGAUUUCAUCAAUGAAGUGGGCACCAUUGGUCAAAUUCACCACGUUAACAUUGUUCGAUUGGUUGGAUAUUGUGCUGAUGGAUACAGAGGAGUUCUUGUCUAUGAAUUCUUGCCCAAUCACUCCCUUGAGAAGUUCACAUCUUCAGAGAACGAGAGAAAUUUGCUCGGAUUGGAGAAGUUGCACAACAUUGCUUUGGGCAUAGCGAAAGGGAUCGAGUACCUUCACCAAGGGUGCGAGCAGCGGAUCCUCCACUUUGACAUUAAACCUCAUAACAUCUUGCUAGACCAGAAUUUCAAUCCAAAAAUCUCUGAUUUUGGUCAAGCAAAGUUGUGCUCCAAAGAGCAAAGUGCUGUGAGUAUGACUGCUGCAAGGGGAACAAUGGGAUACAUUGCACCAGAAGUCUUCUCCAGGAACUUUGGAAAGGUGUCACAUAAGUCCGAUGUUUAUAGCUUCGGGAUGUUGUUGAUCGAAAUGGUUGGCGGUAGGAAAAACAUUAAGAUUGGAGGUCAAGAUAAUAGUGCUGAAGCUUAUUUUCCAGAGUGGAUUUACAACAAAUUGGAUCAAGGAGAAGAAAUAACAAUCCAAAUUGACAACGAGGAUGAUAAGAUUACAGCAAAGAAACUAAUGAUUAUAGGGCUGUGGUGCAUUCAGUGGUAUCCUGUUGAUCGGCCCUCCAUGAAAGCUGUGAUUCAAAUGCUUGAAGCAGAAGAGCCCCCUUCCAUGCCAAGAAAUCCUUUUGGAUCCACAAACACGAUAAAUGAGAGAGCCACAUUGGGUGGAGGCACUUUUGUCAAUGAACUGAAAAGCAUAUCUGAAUCUGAAUCAGAAGAGUCAUGAUAUAUACCUGCGAAAGUGUUUAAAGUGCCAAAAGACUGGUCUAUGGUUUUGAAAAAUUUAUUUGAGGGUAAUUGAAAAAGUAUCAUGCAACUCAUAGGAGCUCUUCUUUAUCUCACAAUAAUGUUUAGAAUUGCCUAAAAUGGGAAAAUUUGAUUUUCCUCAUUUUUAGUAUCCACAUGUGUGGCUCAAACGUUGUUACUUUUGGAUGGAAACGUCCAUUUACUAUUUUUGUCCAAAUUGUCAGGCAAUUUCUUGGAUACUGUCAUACAGUGCUGAAGUGGUAAAAUUGUAAGGC